AUGUUUUCAUUCCAGAGCCGCCUUCUGGUCUGCUUCCUAGGACUCACCGCCGCAGCUUCAACCACGAACAAGGACGCUCUCGCUGUGCGUACCUCAACGGGAAUCUUCACUGGCCAGCUCAACCACACGUAUCCAAACGUGCGAGAGUUUUUCUCAGUUCCCUACGGCCAAGAUACAGCAGGCAAGAAUCGCUUACAACCUCCUUUAGCUGUGCCAAGAUCGUCUGAAGAGAUUGAUGCAACGAAAUACCCACCACUCUGCCCUCAGUAUGUGUCAUCGAAGAGAUCCAUUCGGACGGAGGAGAUUCCGCAAUUUGUGCCAUACUCGGGCGCUUCAAAUCUUACCGCAGGCAUCUCGGCUCCGUUCGCCAGCGAGGACUACCUCAAGUUAGCAAUCUGGACACCGGCUAAUGCAACGCCAAACUCGCACUUGCCAGUCGUCCUGUUCUGGACUGGAGGCGGCUUCGAGUCUGGUGGCAUGCUAAUUCCGGCCCAGCUCCCACCUCGUUGGGUGUCUCGAUCGCAGUCCCAUAUCGUGGUCCCCAUCAACUAUAGAUCAAACAUCUUAGGUUUCCCCAACGGAGCAGCUGUCUCAAGACAGAACCUCGGUCUCCUUGCCCAACCACGCGCAUUCUUCGCAAAGUCCGUAACCAUACUGAACGUCGGCACGCAGACGGCAUCAGACACCACCCGUGCCAUAUUCACCCUGGUGGCCAAGGGUGUCGGCUGCGACUUCCCAAACGAUGCCACGGCAGAGCUGGUCUGCAUGCAGAACGUGGACUACAACAAAAUCAUCACCUUCAUAGGGCGGUAUCAGAGCAGCGGCCAGAAGCCUUCGAUCAAAUUCGGCACGGAGACGGACGACAAGAUUGUGUUCUCAACUUACACUGAGCGAUACCAACAAGGUCUGUUAGCCAGAGUGCCCACGAUCUUCUCAUCUACUGCGAACGAGGGUGGGACUCUCGCGACCUUUGACCCGGAUCAUCCACUGCAAGGCGUGAAUCAAACAGCCGCGAAUGAUCGCACCGUCAGCUUUCUUUGCGGUGCGGCGAAGUCCGCGGCUCUCAGGAAGGGCCUCGGGCUGCCAACGUACAGGUAUCAAUAUGCUGGAAAUUGGACGAAUCAGAGCCCUUUGCCUUGGAUGGGAGCAUAUCACGCUAGCGAUCUGACCAUGCUUUUUGGGACUUAUGCCGACGGCGUGGGGUCAUCUUCGCCGCUGGAGAUCGAGACCAGUGAGACAAUGGAAGAUCUGCUAUUGGCGUUUGCUCGGGACCCUUGGCAUGGAUUGACGAAAUCCAGUUGGCCGGCGUACGAUCCCAAGGCCGAGAAUGGUGGCACUGUGCUGAGAUUCGGAGCUGACGGCAAGGCCGUGCAGCAACUUGGAGCGCAUGACGUUGAAGCGAUUUGCUCUGGGAAGGGCACGUAUAACCCGUCUCCAUAG